CAUUUUAUACACAAGCCAACCCAACACCAGGACCACACCUUGCACUCCAGUCCUUCGCUUUCUCGCCAGCUUCCCACCACCAUUUUUCUACUCUCUCUCUCCAAGAGUAUACUCAGAAGAGUGAGGGGAGGGGAGAUAAGUUUUGGGUCUUUAGCAAUGGCUGGGAAUGGAGUUUUUGCUGAGAUAAUUGAUGGAGAUGUGUUCAAGUUCUACUCUGAAGGAGAGUGGAAGAAUUCAUCUUCUGGAAAGUCUGUUUCCAUUAUCAAUCCUACCACAAGAAAGACACAGUACAAGGUUCAAGCUUGUACACAAGAAGAGGUGAACAAGGCGAUAGAAAAUGCAAAAAGUGCACAGAAAUUGUGGGCAAAGACCCCACUCUGGAAGAGAGCUGAGCUCCUUCACAAGGCCGCUGCAAUUCUGAAGGAGCACAAAGCCCCCAUUGCAGAGUGUCUGGUCAAAGAAAUUGCAAAGCCAGCAAAGGACGCAGUCACUGAGGUUGUAAGGUCUGGGGAUCUGGUGUCUUACUGUGCUGAAGAAGGAGUUCGGAUUUUGGGAGAGGGCAAAUUCUUGGUUUCGGAUAGUUUUCCUGGGAAUGAGAGGACCAAAUACUGCCUCACUUCUAAGAUUCCACUUGGGGUUGUUUUGGCCAUCCCACCAUUUAACUACCCUGUCAACUUAGCUGUCUCCAAGAUUGCUCCUGCACUGAUUGCUGGAAACUCACUUGUUCUAAAGCCUCCAACUCAGGGUGCUGUGGCUGCCCUUCAUAUGGUGCAUUGCUUUCACUUAGCCGGUUUUCCAAAAAGCCUUAUUAGCUGUGUCACCGGUAAAGGCUCUGAGAUUGGUGAUUUUCUCACUAUGCAUCCCGGCGUGAACUGUAUAAGCUUCACUGGUGGGGACACUGGGAUUGCAAUCUCGAAAAAAGCAGGCAUGAUUCCUCUACAGAUGGAGCUGGGAGGCAAAGAUGCUUGUAUCGUGCUUGAGGAUGCUGAUUUAGAUUUGGUAGCAGCAAAUAUUGUCAAAGGAGGUUUCUCUUACAGUGGUCAAAGGUGUACUGCCGUUAAGGUUGUCUUGGUGAUGGAAUCCAUUGCCGAUGCCAUCGUCGAGAAAGUGAAGGCCAAAGUGGCAAAAUUGACAGUCGGACCACCUGAAGAUGACUGUGAUAUCACUCCAGUUGUUUCAGAGUCAUCUGCAAACUUUAUUGAAGGGUUGGUUAUGGAUGCUAAACAGAAAGGAGCAACAUUUUGCCAAGAGUACAAGAGGGAGGGUUACCUUAUCUGGCCUUUAUUGUUAGACAACGUUCGGCCUGACAUGCGAAUUGCAUGGGAGGAGCCGUUUGGGCCAGUUUUGCCGGUUAUUAGGAUCAGUUCUGUUGAAGAAGGAAUCCACCAUUGCAAUGCCAGCAAUUUUGGCCUCCAGGGUUGUGUGUUUACGAGGGACAUCAACAAAGCAAUGUUGAUUAGCGACGCAAUGGAGACAGGAACAGUACAGAUCAACUCAGCACCAGCCCGAGGGCCAGACCAUUUUCCUUUCCAGGGUUUGAAGGACAGUGGAAUUGGAUCUCAAGGCAUCACCAACAGCAUUAAUAUGAUGACCAAAAUCAAAAGCACUGUGAUCAAUUUACCAACCCCUUCUUACACCUUGGGCUAAACUACCUGUUGGUAAUUAAUAUCGCGACAGACUGCUUGUGUUAGUAGCUGUUUGUAUCAUCAAUAAUUGAGUUUUUGUCUUAAAUCUUUCGGAUGGUUUUGUUUUAUAGCUAUCGAUGAUGAAGAACAAAGAAUAAUAUCCAAUAUAUGUGUACGUUUUGUUUUCCUUUUUAGGAGAAUAUCAAUACAACCCUUAUGGAUACAUUAC